AUGCGCAUACUCGCUUUCGUUAUCCUUUUUGUCUUUUCCUCUUCUCUCGGCCUGCUGCCUCACUCAUCCCUUCCAUCUACACCCGCGGCCGCACAACCAUAUAUACCACGGCAAUCCGACAAGGCUCUACACUUCAUCUGCUUCUUUGCACUCACAGCAACCUUCUAUUUCAUUCUUGACACCACUCGUCGACGUGUGAUCCAUGUGACUCUGAUUGUUUGCACACUUGUUCUUGGUGUUGGUAGUGAAGUUGCCCAAGGUCUCCUCCCCAACGACCGAGACUUCGAUGCAUGGGAUGUCCUCGCCAAUGUGCUGGGUAGCCUCGCCGCCUUGGGUCUCGCUAGUGCGUACCACCGGCGCGCUGCCGACAGGAGACGCAGAGCCAAAUACACUUCCUUGACAGGUGAAGGUAUCGAAGAAGAUGGCCUGGAGCUGGGUGACACAGCAAACGGAGGGCUAGGACACCCAAGAGAAUCGGAUCUGGAAGCAGGCGUUGUCCCAGCUACAAGCACCCGCACCCGCACCGUCGAGGAGGAGCUGGACAAUUGGGACGAGAAUGUCCCGGACGAUGCAUGGGAUGACGAAGACGAUAUAACCACGAGUGGACGGAAUACUAAGGUGACUCCUUCGACCAGCUCGGUUGGAAGCGAAGAUUUACCCAAGAAAUUGGCAGUGGACUGA